AUGGACUCCUAUCUCAUUUGCAAGAUACCAGACUGUGGGCAAAACGUCAAGAAACAAGCGCUAAAGUCUCAUGCCGUCACUCAUCUAACAAAACUGCGAUUUCGAUGCUCGGUCUGCAAUUACCGAGCACAACUGAAGAAAAAUGUGGAAAUGCACCAGAAAUAUCGACACAACGGAGGUGGAGAUGUGGUCGAUGAGAAAGAUAAAAAGUACGAUGAAGAGCUCGAGUCGAUCAUGGAGCAAUGUUUUUAUUGGGAAUCAUCACCGUCUGAGGAAGAAAUCGAGGAGCAAGAAAUGAAUGAAGAGAGUGUAUAUGAAGAUGUCCGUCAAGGUUCCUCUUCAAAAGCUUCCAACGAAGAGCCAUUCGUUUUGGAGCCGGUACCGACUUUUGAAAUGCGGCGGCAAUCGAAUCAGAAAAAUAUGCUCAUAUGUCAGAUACAGGACUGUGGGCAAAAGAUAAACCCAGGCAAAUGCAUGUAUGGUCUUCGGGCCCAUGCCAUUGUCCAUCAUCCCAUCAAAAGAUUUCAGUGUACAGUGUGCAGCUUCUUGGCAAAUGGAAAAGAGGGUGUCUUGCUACACCAAAAAGCGAAACACACUGGUCAAGGAUUAGUUCUCGAUCGAGGCGAUGAUAGCUAUUUCGAUACGUUGGAAGAGUUUAUCGUGAAGUGUUUCCCCUCAGCAGCUGAUCGUAAAAGAAAACCGCGAAAAAGCCACGCAAUCAACGAGCAAAUGAUAAUUAAAGAAGAGCAAAAUGGUGCUCUUCUUGCAUCGAACGUUAAUUCUUCAUCACAGAUAGUGCCUCUUUCCUCUCCAUUGAGGGAAAGUUCCCUUUCAAAGACAAACGAUGACAGUGACAAACAAGAAGCAAAGAAAAAAGAAAGCAAAAACAUAGAUGUGAUGUGUCAGAUACCCGGUUGUGAGCAAGUGAUGUCAAGCGAAAGAAAUGGAAUGAAACAUCUUCGAAUUCACGCGAUAUCCCAUCAUCCCCUCAAGAGAUUUCACUGCUCAAUGUGCAUCCAUGCCUCGAGCGUGAAAAAGGCUCUAGAAGGUCAUCAAAGACGACUGCACGGCGGUCAAGGAUCCGUCGUUGACAUAGCUGACAAAUAUUAUUAUGAAGUUCUCACAACGAUCACGAGGAAAUGUUUUCCGAAUUACGCUGGAAGGAAUGUUUCGAAAAGGAAAAGGAAAUUGAACGAGAUUGAACGAUCGUUGGAAUCGGAUGAGCAAAAAGAGGCAGAGGAUGCUGAAAUGGAAAAGGAAGAUGGUCUCAAGGUUUCCAACGAUCCCGUUGAGCCCUCCGAAGUUUUUGAUGACACCAACCAACACCUAGAAAUAAAAGAUGAGCCAAUUUUCGAAGAGGAUGCGAUGGACGUCGAAUCGUUGCUGAAAAGUUCCACAACAAAUCAUCUGCUUUCUGAAGUCAAAGAGGAAAUCAAUCUGAGCAAAGAAAUUCCCGUGUUGUUAUUGAAUGUAAAAGAUGAGAAAUCGCCUUUAGAACAGAUAAUUGAAAAAGUGAAGAAUGAGUGU